GAACUGCACGAACAGCCGCCGCUCCGGCGGGCUGCUGGCUGCUUCUCGGGGCGUCUUGAGGCCGCCUCGCCGGGCAUCGCGUUCCUGCACCUCUUGUAACCUCAGCUCUCCGUGGUCCCGUGCCGGGCAAACGGGCGGCUGCGACCGGAGUGUCCUCGCCCGGGCCGGCGCGACCGGUCGGCGGGGCAGAGUACACGCUGCUUGGCGCCGCAAGCUGAUCCCGCGCCCGCGCCCGCCCCCGGGAGAAGUGAUGUUAGGCAGCUCGGUGCCGGGGCCUGGCGCCCGCGAGGCGGCUUCCGCACUCACUCUGCAGCAGAAGACGCUCCAAGAAGACCAGGAGAACAUCAACCCGGAGAAGGCAGCGCCUGCCCAGCAGCCGCGGACCCGGGCCGCGCUGGCAGCCCUGAAGUCCGGGAACCCGCGGGGUCCAGUGCUGCAGCAGAGGCCCAAGACGCGACGGGUUGCACCUCUUAAGGAUCUUCCUAUAAAUGAUGAGCAUGUCACUGUUCCUCCUUGGAAAGCAAACAGUAAGCAACCUGCAUUCACCAUUCAUGUGGAUGAAGCAGAAGAAACUCAAAAGAGGCCAGCUGAGUCCCAAAACACAGAGCAUGAAGAUGUUCUGGCUUUCAAUUCAGCUAUUGCUUUACCUGGACCAAGACAACCAUUGGUACCUCUUGAUUAUCCAAUGGAUGGUAGUUUUGAGUCACCACAUACUAUGGACAUGUCAAUUGUAUUAGAAGAGGAGAAGUUAGUAAAUGUUAAUGAAGUGCCAGACUACCAUGAGGAUAUUCACACAUACCUUAGGGAAAUGGAGGUUAAAUGUAAACCUAAAGUGGGUUACAUGAAGAAACAGCCAGACAUCACUAACAGUAUGAGGGCUAUCCUCGUGGACUGGUUAGUUGAAGUAGGAGAAGAAUAUAAACUACAGAAUGAAACCCUGCAUUUGGCUGUGAACUACAUUGAUAGGUUCCUUUCUUCCAUGUCUGUACUGAGAGGAAAGCUUCAGCUUGUGGGCACUGCUGCUAUGCUAUUAGCCUCAAAGUUUGAAGAAAUAUACCCCCCAGAAGUAGCAGAGUUUGUGUACAUUACAGAUGAUACCUAUACCAAGAAACAAGUUCUGAGAAUGGAGCACCUGGUUUUGAAAGUCCUUACUUUUGACUUAGCUGCACCAACAGUCAAUCAGUUUCUUACCCAAUAUUUUCUGCAUCAACAGCCUGCAAACUGCAAAGUUGAAAGUUUGGCGAUGUUUUUGGGAGAAUUAAGUCUAAUCGAUGCUGACCCAUACCUGAAGUAUUUGCCAUCAGUCAUUGCUGGAGCGGCCUUUCAUUUAGCACUCUACACAGUCACGGGACAGAGCUGGCCUGAAUCAUUAGUACAGAAGACUGGAUAUACCCUGGAAAGCCUGAAGCCUUGUCUCAUGGACCUUCACCAGACCUACCUCAAAGCACCACAGCAUGCACAACAGUCAAUAAGAGAAAAGUACAAAAACUCAAAGUAUCAUGGUGUUUCUCUCCUCAACCCACCAGAGACACUAAGUCUGUAACAGUGAAAGACUGCCUUUGUCUUCCAAGAUGUAAAUCACUUCAAGUAUAUGAUGUACAGUUUUUAGUAUUAAUUUUACAA